UUUUUGUUCGUGUGCCGAAAGGAAAUUUUGUUAAACCACCGCAGGUGCCAAGACGAACUCGUAGGACUUGUUCGUAUUGGGCAUUCUUUAGUGUUCCGCCAUCCAUUGUGGUUGCCACUUCACCAGAUCGCCAUCAAUAGCAAGAUGAAGUUGAAAUCCAAAACCACAACGGCAAUCAUCUUUGCGGCAUUCGCCCUUGCAGUCUGGAGUUCUCCGGCCGCAUCUCUGUUCAACAGUGGCCAUGAGCCCGUGUCGUCUUUUCGUUUAAUUCCUUGGAUUCACGUCAAUCUUCCCGUUGCUUACAAUGGUCAGCCUUCCGGUUUGCUCUAUCCCAUUGGCAGCAGUCAUGUAUACAAUCGACGCAAUUAUAUCCCAAAAACGUACAGUUUCCCUUUUGGUGUCCAGCAUCAGUCCACCAACUUUCUGCAUCCGAUGGUGAGUGGCAUUCGUCACGAUUGGAAAGACACGAGUGGCGUGCAGAACGAGAAGCACAUCAGGCGGACCGUUUCUGAGGAUGUGAUUAUGCCAAGUUUUGAUUCAAUACCACGUCACGCAAGUUUUACUGACAAGUCCUUUUUAUCGUUCUUCAGCAAAGUGGUCAUGCCCGUUAGAUUUGUCAACAGAAUCAGCACGUUCCCAAACAUCAGAGUAACUUACAAAAACAUUACAUUGACCGGACUCGCCAUUGGCUAGCACAACGUGAACGAAUGGCACUCAUAGCGAAUGUUCU